GCCAGUUUCUCUACAACUAGUACAUCCACACGCAGGGUCCCGGCCGCCGCGGCUGCCAUGGAUAUCAGCUAAAGCGCCGGCAGCCGCUCGGACCGGGCAGAGAGGCGCUCCCCGUCCCCGCUCCGUCGCCCCGCGGGGCCGCGGCACCCGCCCCCCUCGCCGGCAGCAGCCCCGAACCUGCCCCGAGCGUGCCCCAGCGGAGCCCCGGGGGAGGGGGGCAGAGAGAGGGAGGAGAGAGCGGCAAGCAGAGCGGGAGUCGGGCAGAGCAUCCCCACGGCAAUGUCCAAGGGCUUGAAGAAGAAAAGCCACUGGACGAGCCGAGUCCACGAGAUCGUGAUCGUGCGGAACCCGGAGGGGCAGCUGGGCUUCGAGCUGAAGGGGGGCGCCGAGAACGGGCAGUUCCCGUACCUGGGCGAGGUGAAGCCCGGCAAGGUGGCCUAUGAGGGCGGCAGCAAGUUGGUGCCGGAGGAGCUGCUGCUGGAGGUGAACGAGACCCCCGUGGCCGGGCUCACCAUCAGGGAUGUGCUGGCCGUGAUCAAGCACUGCAAGGACCCCAUCCGCCUCAAGUGCGUCAAGCAAGGAGGCAUUGUUGAUAAGGACCUUCGUCACUACCUCAAUUUACGGUUCCAGAAAGGUUCGGUAGACCAUGAGCUCCAGCAGAUCAUAAGAGACAAUCUCUACCUCCGCACAGUGCCAUGCACCACAAGGCCACAUAAGGAGGGGGAGGUCCCUGGUGUGGACUAUAUUUUCAUCACUGUUGAAGAUUUUAUGGAAUUGGAGAAAAGUGGUGCUCUCUUAGAAAGUGGAACAUAUGAAGACAACUAUUACGGCACUCCAAAGCCUCCAGCAGAACCAGCUCCAUUAUUGGUAAAUGUAACUGAUCAGAUCCUUCCAGGUGCCACUCCUGGGGCUGAAGGCAAACGUAAGAGGAAUAAGUCUGUGAGCAACAUGGAGAAGACAGGUAUUGAACCACCUGAGGAAGAAGAGGAAGAAAGACCUGUCGUCAAUGGAAAUGAUGUGACAGUAACACCAGAAUCAAGUGAACAUGAGGACAAGAGCACAGGUGUCUCAGGUGAAGUAUCUUCUACCCAACCAUGCCCUGCCCCAGGAUAUACUCAGCCUGAAGAAGCAAAGGAGGAUAUGGAUGUAACAAAACAGACAAAGCCUGAAGAGAAUGAUGACUUGGGCCCAUUGCCUGAUAACUGGGAAAUGGCUUAUACAGAAAAAGGGGAAGUCUACUUUAUUGACCAUAACACAAAGACAACAUCAUGGCUGGAUCCACGACUUGCGAAAAAGGCUAAACCUCCAGAAGAGUGCAAAGAAAAUGAGCUUCCAUAUGGCUGGGAGAAAAUUGAUGAUCCCAUUUAUGGCACUUAUUAUGUUGACCACAUAAAUAGAAGAACACAAUUUGAAAACCCUGUGCUAGAAGCAAAAAGGAAGCUACAGCAGCAUAACAUGCCCAACGCAGAACUUGGAACAAAGCCUAUGCAGGCCCAAGGUUUCCGAGUAGGCAGCUCCUCAUCAACCCUGCCUAGGCCCAAACUCGUCCGCCUGCGCCCCAUUCCGCAGCGGUCCCGCAGUGUGAAUGAUCUGUCCCAGUGCUGGCACAACCCCGCCAGGACACGUGGGCCGUACGAAAAACCACUCUUCACCCGUGAUGCAUCACAGCUGAAGGGGACUUUCCUCAGCACCACUCUUAAGAAAAGCAACAUGGGUUUUGGAUUUACCAUCAUUGGUGGGGAUGAGCCAGAUGAGUUUCUUCAGGUGAAGAGUGUAAUUCCUGAUGGGCCUGCAGCACAAGAUGGGAAAAUGGAAACAGGUGAUGUGAUUGUCUAUAUUAAUGAAGUUUGUGUCCUUGGACAUACUCACGCAGAUGUAGUCAAACUCUUCCAGUCUGUUCCUAUUGGUCAGAGUGUCAACUUGGUGCUAUGUCGUGGAUACCCUUUGCCCUUUGAUCCUGAAGAUCCUGCCAACAGCAUGGUGCCACCCCUUGCAGUAAUGGAGAGGCCUCCGGUAGUGGUAAAUGGAAGACAUAACUAUGAAACUUAUUUGGAAUACAUUUCUAGGACUUCUCAGUCUGUUCCAGACGUAACAGAUCGACCACCACACUCCUUGCACUCCAUUCCAGCAGAUAGUCAGCUUGAUAGCACAUUCCCACCACCUGCCCAUGAUGAUAAUGUAUCAAUGGCUUCUUCUGGGGCCACCCAAGCUGAACUUAUGACCUUAACCAUUGUGAAAGGGGCCCAGGGCUUUGGCUUCACUAUAGCAGACAGUCCUACAGGACAGAGGGUGAAGCAAAUUCUAGACAUUCAGGGAUGUCCUGGUUUGUGUGAAGGUGACCUCAUUGUUGAGAUCAACCAGCAGAAUGUACAGAACCUGAGCCAUGCAGAAGUAGUGGAUAUACUUAAGGAAUGUCCUGUUGGAAGUGAAACUUCUUUGAUUAUCCAUAGAGGAGGUUUCUUUUCUCCAUGGAAAACUCCAAAGCCUGUGAUGGAACGAUGGGAGAAUCAAGGCAGCCCUCAGACAAGCCUAUCUGCUCCAGCUAUGCCACAGAAUAUUCCCUACCCACCCACUCUUCACAGGAGUUCAUUUCCCGAUUCAACAGAGGCCUUUGAUCCGCGGAAACCCGACCCGUAUGAGCUGUAUGAGAAAUCAAGAGCUAUUUAUGAAAGUAGGCAACAAGUGCUGCCCAGGACUGGUUUUCGAGUGGAUUCCUCUGGUCCCGAUUACAAGGAGUUGGAUGUUCACCUUCGAAGAAUGGAGUCUGGUUUUGGCUUCAGGAUCCUUGGAGGAGAUGAGCCUGGACAGCCUAUCCUCAUCGGAGCAGUUAUUGCAAUGGGCUCAGCAGACAGAGACGGUCGCCUCCAUCCCGGUGAUGAACUGGUGUAUGUGGAUGGGAUUCCAGUGGCUGGCAAAACCCACCGAUACGUGAUUGAUCUUAUGCAUAAUGCUGCCCGAAACGGGCAGGUGAAUCUAACUGUGCGGAGAAAGGUGCUACCCACGGAGGCCUGCAGCCAGAAAGGGCCCCCUCCGCCCGUCGCGACGCCCCCCUGCAGCUCCCCCAGCACUAGGAAAAUGGCCAAUAACCAAGGAGAGCCAUGCCCAGAGAAUGGCAGAAGCCCAGGCUCUGUGUCCACACACCACAGCUCUCCAAGAAGUGACUACGCGACUUAUGCUAACAGCAAUCACGCUGUCUCCAGCAGCAAUGCGACUCCCCCGGAGGGCUUCACGUCCCACAGCCUGCAAACCAGCGACGUGGUGAUCCACCGCAAGGAGAACGAAGGGUUCGGCUUUGUUAUCAUCAGCUCCCUGAACAGGCCUGAGUCAGGGUCCACAAUCACUGUACCCCAUAAAAUAGGGCGGAUAAUUGAUGGAAGUCCUGCUGAUCGCUGUGCAAAACUUAAAGUCGGAGACCGGAUCUUAGCUGUGAAUGGCCAGUCUAUCAUUAACAUGCCUCAUGCAGAUAUUGUGAAGCUAAUUAAAGAUGCAGGUCUCAGUGUAACACUUCGCAUCAUUCCUCAGGAGGAGCUGAACAGCCCGGCCUCAGCACCCAGCUCAGAGAAGCAGAGCCCCCUGGCCCAGCAACACAGCCCGCUGGCCCAGCAGCAGCAGCAGCAGCAGCAGCAGCAGAGCCCUCUGGCCCAGCAGCAGCAGCAGCAGAGCCCCCUGGCCCAGCAGCAAAGCCCCGUCACCCAGCACAGCCCCGUGGCACAGCCCACACCCCCACAACCCUUGCAGCUGCAGGGACAUGAAAACAGUUAUAGGUCAGAAGUAAAAGCCAGACAGGAUGUGAAACCCGAUAUCCGACAGCCUCCAUUUACGGACUACAGGCAGUCUUCAACUGACUACCGCCAGCCUCCCCUGGACUACAGGCAUCCUCCCGUGAUGGAUUACCAGCAGCCACCACCCCUCGACUACAGGCAGCCACCCUUGCUGGACUACAGACAGCACUCUCCCGACACCCGGCAGUACCCCCUGUCAGACUACAGACAGCCCCAGGACUUCGAUUAUUUCACUGUUGAUUUAGAGAAAGGAGCCAAAGGUUUUGGGUUUAGUAUCCGAGGAGGAAGGGAGUACAAAAUGGAUUUGUUUGUGCUGAGGUUAGCAGAAGAUGGACCAGCAAUAAGAAAUGGAAGGAUGAGGGUAGGGGAUCAAAUAAUUGAAAUCAAUGGAGAAAGCACAAGGGACAUGACACAUGCCAGAGCAAUAGAGCUAAUCAAGUCUGGUGGCAGGAGAGUGCGACUGUUGUUGAAACGUGGAACAGGCCAGGUCCCUGAAUAUGGAAUGGUACCUUCCAGUCUCUCCAUGUGCAUGAAAAGUGACAAGCAUGGGUCCCCAUAUUUCUACUUAUUGGGCCACCCUAAAGACACGACGAGCCAAGCUCCUGGAGCGCUCCCGCUGCCGCCUCCCCAGGUCUGCCGGAAGUAGCUCUGUCCCUCGACGACAUAAUCUCACCAUUAUCCUCAUCACACAUAGCCCCACCCUCUGACCCUUCUCACCAGAUAAGCCCAGAACCAACAUGGGAUAUCAAGAGGGAACACGACGGAAGGAAACCAAAGGAGCUUUCGGUGAACGGCCACAAAAAGAAAAGGUUAGGAGAGCAAAGAGAAAGGUCAGCAAGUCCUAAAAAGGCAGACAGGUCAAAGCACGACGAGCCUUCUUGGAAAGGAUAUUCCGAAGGUAAAACUAAGGUGAUGGAUGGUGGCAGGCUCACCUCGGAAAGCAGAGCGGUGGGACACAGCGUUAUGAUGGAGGCCGGCACGAGAGAGCACGUGUGUGCUGGAAGCAGUGAUGAACAGUUUGGGAGGCUGAAGAAGCCGGAAAGCAAGAGGGGAGGAUCUCUUAGCAAAAAAGAAGAUCACAGAUCCACAAAUACCAGUGAGAAGAAGUCAGCUGCAGCACCUGACCAUGCCAAGCUUGAUGCGGGUGCUACCAAGACAUACAGUAGCAAUCGCUGCAGCUCACCUGGAAGUGAUAUGGAUCAGAGCCAGAGGGAUCCUGAUGGGAAACCCAGUGAGUUCCCCAGGAAGGGACAUCUCCACCCCAUUAGCACUCGCAGCACCAACACUACAGUUCGGAAGGCAACGGUCUCCCCGGGGCCGUGGAAAAUCCCCGGCUCGGAUAAGCUACCUGGCAUCCUGAAGUCUGGUACUCCUGCCAUGAGCAGAUAAGCACGGGACUGUUGCCCUCUAACUGUCUCAAAUUGACGCAGAACAUUCUUCUUAGUUGUUGUCUCACGUUGAUUUAUUUUAAUUUAUUUUAACUAUCACACAUAUACAUAAAGCAUUGAGGGAUGAAAACAUUAGUGUGUAACUCCAUGACAAUGUGCACAGUAUCUAAUAAGUUCAAAAGCAUAUAGUCAACACGGAGAUUUGAAAUUGACCCUAAAGUCCCAGUUCCAUUUUAGGGACUUUGGCAGCUAUGGAAGAAACCAAAACAAUAUGAAGGACAGUACAUCAGAGAAGGAUAGUGCAGUGUAGCUUUAGCAUUUUUUUCCACUGCAUGAAGGACUUGGAUUUCAUUCAAACUUUAUAUCAAGAAACUGGAACAAGUUAGAGCAAUCGCAAACUGGAACAUCGCCUUAAAUAAAACUGCACGGAGCAAGCUGAAACUGAGAGAGAAUCUUUUCAUGGAGCUAAAAUGUUGUAAAUAAAUUGUUCUUGACAUAUCUAGACAGGGGUUAAAGGGUUUCUUUGAAGCAUUUGGAACUGUACGCCCAUGACACGUCUCCACUGUCACCACUUUGGGAUAGUCCACGUGAUACCCUGUAGCACAGUUCACUGGAUGCUACAGGAGGAGUUGGGAAUCUAGUGGAUUAGUUUCUGUGAUACCAUUUCUACUGCCAUUUUUGUGAACCAACCAUGUUUCUGUACAUUGGAAAGGAGUUAGGGUGGAGUUGUAUUUGCAAAUUAUUCUCCAAAGCAAUUUACUACAGGUUCCCCAAAUCCUGCACAGUAGCACACAAGCCAGUUGGCCAGGCUCAAAACUCCAACAUCCCCAAGGCCCUUGCGAUGAAAGGAAGAUUGCUACAGAGAAAAAGCUGCAGUUUCCUUAAGGAAAGGCCUUCCCCUCCUGCAAAAAUGAUAGUUUCACUCAUCAACAGUGCUAUGUUUCAUACCCACUCCCGUUUCAUUAGGAUGCUCUCAACUUCCAUUCCCUCACUUUAGCAGAGCAGGUGUCUUUGAGGCAUGUAACAAUAGUUAGACGGAAAUACACUUUUUGGUGCCCUCAAUCAGUAAAUUCGAUAUAUUUCCAUUUUAAAAAUGGUUUACAUUUUACCAUUUCUUCCCUACCUCCAUCUUUUUUCUUUUAAUUUUAGUCUUUCUUGCUGUCUGUUUUGAAUUUCAAGCCUUAAGUGCCAGGUAAACAUUCCAGUCUGCCUUCACAGGAGAUAAGUCUAAGUUCAGUCAGUCAGUCAGUCACUAUCUUGGUUCAAAAAGAUGUGUGUGUGUACGUAUAAGUGUGCAUAUGCUUAUUUGUCUGUCAAAAUUAAACAAACAAACAAAAAAAAAAAUCCUGGGCAAUAACAUAUUGGUAAUUGAAAAAAAAAAACAAUCAUGUAGUCAAAAAUCCGUACUUCAAAACGACUGUUCUCCAGCAAUCUGAGUUCCUCACGUGCUCUGCUGAAACGUUAAAGUGAGAUUGGCUUUGUUCCAAGAAAUCAGCACACGGCUCAAACAUUGUAUGUCUCAAACAUUGCACUGGACUGAGAAAUCUAUAGGCAUGUUUCUUCCUGUCCGAUUAUCUGAAAAGCCUCAAGUAAAGGAUUUUGCAGCUUUCAAACAAUUCUUUUUUGUUUUGUUUUGUUUUGUUUUUUGGAAAAAUAAAUUCCAUGUAUAAUUACUGAAAAAGCACAACAAGUCCACGUAGCUGUUUAUAAAAAUAUUACUUAAUGAAAAAAAAGAAAAAAAAAAAAACAGAAAAAAAAAACCAACAAAUCUUUAGCCCCUGAACUAGAAUCCAAUAUAAUUCCAAUAUAAUUUGCCAUUAAUUUAUUGAAUCUGAUUUUGGACAAUGCUUCUGUAGUGUAGAUGCAUGUCCCAGUAUCUUAUUUUUGUGUAUAAAGAAAGAAAACAAUGAAAUCUGAAAAACCAGUGGAGAUUAUGCUUGCAUAAACUCUAAUUUGCACAGUUCACAGCUACUCCUUGUGCAGUAAUUGCUUUAUGCGGCUGUAAUCGAUAACCUGUGAAGACAGCACAUCAUCUAAACCCCAUUCCAAAUAAUAUUUCUGUGUAGUGUUAGCUGUGAAUUUACCCUGUACAGCUCUAUCUCUAUAAAUAUAAUUCCAUGUAUUAAUAGUCACAGAAAGGCUGUAAGUGAGCAACUAUUUUUAUGAAACGCACCACUAUGGAUAAAUUAACUUUUACAGAAAUCUUGUUUACUGUAUGAUAUUCUAAACCACUGUCAAAUAAAAUAUAUAUCCAAAAAAUC